UGGCCUCGGCCUUCGCUGUUGCGUUACCGUCGGGCGUUGCUUUUUGCCGCGUCUGCCCGGGCAACACGAGGCUGUCAUUAGUCCCGGACUGCUUUGUCCCGAAGUCCCUGUGGCGACUUGAAGAACGCACCCCCACCCCCACUUCCCCAGAUGGCGUCCGCGCUGCCGACAACCGAGGCCCAGGGACCAAUGCUGUUUGAGGAUCUGGCUGUGUAUUUUUCUCAAGAGGAGUGUGUGAGUCUGCACCCUGUCCAGAGGUCCCUCAGCAGAGAUGCCACACAGGAGUGUUUUGAGGAUGUGGCCUUGAUGGGAGUGGAAGGUGAGACUGAGAUGAAUCAGCAGUUAAGCCUAGAGUCUAUGGAACUUGAAGAGCUUUCCCUAGAAGAGUACCCCAUUCCUACAUCCCCUGUCCAGUACCCAGAAAGCCCCUCUGAGGAUGGAGUUGAAAACCCUGAAGAGAAAAUAUCAAGUGGAACACCCCCUUGCAAGAAAAAGUUCAUAAGCCUUUUAGUUACCAUUGACAACCAUACCCCAUUAGUAGAACUGUCUGAAUGUUUAGGGGCCAGAGCACUUUCUGAAAUUCUUGAAUUUCCCUGGGAAGAAGCCGAAAAUGUGUACAAGUGUCCUGACUGUGACCAAAACUUCAGCGAUAAGUCAUACCUUGUUUUGCAUCAGAAAAUUCAUUCACGAGAGAAAAUAAAUAAAACAAAUCAGUGUGGUGACUGUGGGAAGAUCUUCACUCAUAGAGCCUACCUGAGGGCGCACAUCAGAAUCCACACUGGCGAGAGGCCUUACAAGUGUCUCAGGUGCUGCGCCAAGUUUCGCCGGAGCUCAUGUCUGUCCCGGCACAUGAAAAGCCACAGGAGGGAGAAACCCUAUGUGUGUGACGAAUGUGCUGCACGGCAUAGGAAAAGCCAGGCUGCCGGAAAAGCCAGUGAAUGUGCCAACAGCGAUAAACGUGUGGAUCAGGAAACGGAUCUUGCUCUGGACGAGGAAACACAGAUAGUGACCCCCGAGUACCCGCACAUUCACUGCAUGAAGACCUUUGAGCAGUCCUCACGUCCUGCUGUCCCCGAGAAGGCCCACAAGGAGGAUUCUGAACGCCGCAGUGACGAUGAUGAAAAUUUUUUUUCAUUCGCAAAAUUCAAACCCUUACAAUGUCCUGACUGUGACAUGACCUUUCCUUGUUUCUCUGAACUUGUUUCUCAUCAGGGCACUCACGCGGGGGAAAAGCCCCAUAAAUGCAAAACAUGUGCAGAAAGUUUUACUUCGGAGUCAGAACUUGCAUGCCACCAGAAGAGCCACAGGGCAGAGGAGCCUUUUAAAUGUCCCGUGUGUGGGAAAGGUUUCAGGGUGAAGACGGAUCUCGUUACUCAUAAGCGAACCCAUGUGAAACACACAAAGUAA